CGUUCAUUGUUUUAGAUUCUGCUCCAGCCCGAAGUUUAGAGAAAUCCUCAAGCUCCAUAACCAGGUAUAAGCUUUUUCCUUUCAAUUUUUCUUUACCGUGCUUUUUGCCUUUCAUGACCAGAUGCUGAGAUGUUGUUCCUAGUCUGAAUGGUUUCUCCAUUUUUCUAUAUCCACCACUAUGGAUGUUUCUUUCUCUUGCAAUCAAUCGAACUUGGAUCAUUGGUAUUAUUUUUUAUUACAACCAUAUCAAUCAAGAAUCCAAUAUUGUGUAUCUCUUCCUAUCUGAUGUUUAUUAUUAUUUUUUUCAUGAAUUGGUUUCUCCCUUUUCUAUUAUCUUUUUAUUGUCAUCAAUCUGAUCUGAUGUUUAUAACCAUCUAAUCUCCCUUUUUAUUUUUGUUAUCUGUUUCCUUUUGAUGUAUUUGUAAAGAACAAGUGGUGACAAAGAAAGUUGUCUUCACGGUAAUAUUUUUUUAAAGAAGGAACAUUUUCAAUUUGGUAAGGAGUUUUCAAUUUAGUAGAGAACCUUUUUGAUCUAUCAGAUUCUAUUAGUCCUAUUAUUUGGUCUUUAUUAUUUCAAUUUGGCAAAGACUUUUCUAGCUUAGAGGAAGUUUUAUUUCCUUUGAUAAGGGAUGUUUAUUAGCCACAAUUUCCCCUACAAAUGGUACAAGUAUAUGUAUCAGACUUAAACUAUUGAUCUUGCAUCUUUUGUAUAUUAUUUUCUAUCUUUGUAUCUUGGGACUAUAAGGGCAAAGUCAUGAAUGAUCUUAACCAUGAAGAUGACAUAGAGGACACCAUGGAUGAAAAUGAUCUACUUCAGUCCCAAGUUACAUAAAUCACAAAUGUUGAAUUAGGGAUAGACAUGCAAAUUUUGACUUAUGUUAGACAACAAUUAGAAUGUAGGCAAUGUCUCUGUUCUGUAGUUUUAUUGUACUAUAUGGUCCAUGCUUUGCAUAUGUUGGAAAUGAUGUCAAGAUACAUGCAUAGUUCGUUUAUGGAGAGAAUUUCUGAAAGAGAGACUAGGCGUUCCCAACUAAUGAGGCAAUUAGUAGAAUCAGAAAGAAGUAGAGAUAUCAUCGCAUGAGUCCUCAAGCAUUUAUGUACUUGUGUCAAAAAUUAAGAUGUACUGGUAGGGUGAAGGAUUCAACACGAGCUAUUGUGGAGGAGCAAGUGGCUAAGUUCUUGCACAUUAUAGGUCAUAAUGUGAAAAAUCGAACUGUGUCUUUCUUUUUUCAUCGAUCCGAUGAGACAGUUAGUCGCCACUUUCACAAUGUUUUGCGGGCUAUAAUAUCAUUGCAUGAUGAAUUUCUGGUCCAACCUUCUGGGGUAGAGGUGCAUCCUCAAAUACUUAACAAUAGUAGGUUUUAUCCUUAUUUUAAGGAUUCUAUAGGAUCCAUAGAUGGAACACAUAUUCGAGUGAUGGUUCCUAGGGCACAAGCACCUCGAUUUCGUGGCCGAAAAGACUACCCAACCCAAAAUGUCCUUGCUGCAUGUGAUUUUGAUAUGAAAUUUACAUAUGUCUUAGCUGGGUGGGAAGGAACGACAUCUGACUCUAGGAUUUUAAAAGAUGCUUUAACUAGAGAAGAUCCACUAAGAAUUCAUGAAGGAAAAUUUUAUAUUGGGGAUGCGGAAUAUAUGCUAAAACGUGGUCUCCUCACACCAUACAGAGGUGUCAAGUAUCACCUGAAGGAGUAUUCAGCUCGUGGGCCACAAAAUUAUAGAGAGUUAUUCAACCUUCGACAUUCUUCUCUUCGGAAUCUUAUUGAAAGAACUUUUAGAGUUCUUAAGAAAAGGUUUCCUAUAAUAUCUAGUGGCACUGAAGCUCAUUAUUCCGUUGACAUAAUGACAGACAUAAUACUUGCUUGUUGCAUUUUGCAUAACUUUUUGAUGGAAGUCGAUGUUGACGAGCAGCUAAUUGCGGAGGUAGAUCGCGAGUUACAAUAGAAUGAAAUGGAUACAUCCUUUGGUCAAGUGCGAGAUGAGGACUAUAGACAAGGAGCACUAUUAAGAGAUAAUAUAUUGCUAUUGAGAUGUGGAACAUGUACCACCUCAAUUAGCUAAUAUUUUAUAAAUUCUAGUUAAUCUACAUGGUUUUAGUUCUAUGUUAUGUAUGUUCUGAAUAUUUAUACUUAAGUUAAUUUAUGACAGUUGUUC